GUUCCCUGCACACACGAGACGAGAGUUGGCAAGACUAAAAAUUGAAGUCACUGUCAAGGUGUCAGGUUAUUUUAGAAGUGAGCGUUCAAUGAACGAACUGUUUUAUUCGACUGUUUUCUGGCGUCAACAGGUCGACUAUAUUACUUGCUCUGUGGUCGACUGAUUUACAGUUCAGUUGUGUAAAUAGACGUUUAUUAGUUGCUUGACUGUCUUUAUUUAGUACCUAAAUAGGUAAUUACUGUAAUUACUGAUUAAUUAUGUCGGCCCGUAAAAAAUCCAGUGUUCUUUGGCAGUACUUUGAGAAAGACAAUACUACGUUUAAAGCAAAAUGCAAUGAAUGCAAAGACAGUUUAAGUUUUAAGUCAUCAACCGCGAACUUGAAAAGUCAUUUGAGGAGGAAACAUCCUUCUUUGUAUUUGUGGGUGUUUGGAGCUGAUGACCAGCCCGUUCUUACAUCACAAAGGGAACAAGAAACUCGACCUGAUGCGGAAUCUACUCCAGAGAUGAAUGCCAAGCCGACAACGUAUAGAGGUCGUAAUGGACCUGUAUGGAGGUAUAUAACGGAAAUAGACACUGAAAAUCGGUUUGGUACGUGUUCAUUGUGUUUCACGAGGCUGUCAUUUAAAUCAACAACAGGAAAUUUGAGGCAACACCUGAUCAAACGGCAUGGCAUUGACUUUAGUUCCUUGGAAAAUGAUUCUGAAAUCUAUAGAGAUUCCGAGCACAAAAAUGCGGCGUCCGACCAAUCCGACUCGGAACAGUCUACCACGCUCGACCCGGACAACGAGUUGUGGGGCUUCUUCGACAAGGAGCCCCGGAACCGGGCGAAGUGCUCCAUGUGCGGUGUCGUGUUGAGACGGGAAACUGAUACCCUGUACAAGCAUUUGAAGGAGAGUCACUCGAGGAUAUCAGAGAACCUAGAAUUUAGAGAUAACGACGAGAACUACACAGAAGUCAUAUAUCUGGAAGAUCCAGUUUCUUUAGAUAACACGGAGUCCAAAAAAACUAAAUUUGACAACGUGAAAAUUGAGACUCCAUCAUCGCCACAACCAAAACGUCCUAAACGCCGACACAGCUACAAGGAACCGUUACGAGUCAGUAACAGUCAGAAUAUACCAACGGAGUUUUUGAAAAAGGACAAAAUCAGUCCACACGAUGAGGAAAUUGAAAAUUUUGGCAGAUACAUUACUGGUUUACUAAAAGCAGUACCGAAAGGUACGUGUACGAAACUGCAAAUGGAUAUCGUUAAUUUGAUAAUGACGGCCAAGUUGAAGAGUAUGGAGCCAACACCGACAAUCACUAUAAACGGUACUAUUGAAGUACAGAGUGAUAAAACAACGGAAGAAGCUGCACCUAUGGAUGAUGAUACGCGGGAGAACGAAGCAGCAGAAACAAAUCUAGAAGCGUCCACGACAGAAAGAAAACUUGAGUCCAAAAAACCACCAGAUAAAACCAGUUUACUCAAAAAAAGAAAGAGUUUUACCUACACCGAAGACUACAUCAAAUCCACGGACCAAGAAGAAGUUGAAAAUUUCGGAAAGUACAUAACCUGUUUACUCAAAAGUGUGUCAAAUAGAGAUGUUGGGACCAAACUGCAAAUGGAUAUCGUUAGUCUAAUAAUGUCUGCGAGGUUGAAAAUAGCGGAUAAAAGUUCGGUGCUUACUAUUAGUGGGACUAUAGAAAUGAAUAAAAAUACGGAUUCAGUGGGGACUGAUGCGUGAUGCGUAUUAAAUGAUUUGUGAUA